AUGUUCUUCUCCCAACCCGCUCACCUCGCCAAGGCCGAGGAGCUCAAACAAGAGCCUCCCAAUGGCAAACCCUACUGUGUACCCAUUCCCGGAUCCGAACAGCCUGGCCGCAGCCCAGUAUAUCGCGCAUGGAACUCGCAGAAGGAGUUAUUGAAGACGCUGGAUCCUCAGGUCUUGACCGCCCAUGAAAUGUUCGAAUCAACGGCCAACCGGCAACCCAAGAAUCACUGCCUCGGUUGGCGACCGUUUAACCCCACGACCAAGACUUUCGAUCCAUACCAAUGGCUCACAUACGAGACUGUGCAGAAGCGACGUGCAGCAUUCGGUGCUGGUCUGGUGGAGUUGCAUGUCAAACAUGAUUGUCACCGCCCCGGUCAAUAUGGUAUCGGUCUUUGGUGCCAAAACCGACCUGAAUGGCAGAUCACCGACCUGGCUUGCAUGUCCCAGAGCCUCUUCUCUGUCUCCAUCUAUGAUGUCUUGGCCGCGGAUGCUACCGAAUAUAUUAUUAACCACGCUGAGCUGAACUGUGUCGUCACCUCUCUUCCGCACAUUCCCACCCUUCUCAAGCUCAAGUCCGUUCUGCCUAAUCUCAAGAUGAUUGUCAGUUUGGAUCCUCUUGAUGGUGGUGAGCAGGAUGGUCACUCAAAGCGCGCAUUGCUAGAGUCUAUGGCCGCCGACCAGGAUCUUACCAUCUACACAAUGGACCAGGUUGAGGCUUUGGGUGAAGCCUCGAAGCGUGGAUACAACGCCCCUUCCCCCUCGGACGCUGUCACCAUUAAUUACACCUCUGGCACCACUGGACCACCCAAGGGUGUUGUUCUGACCCACGAAAACGCUGUGGCUGCUACCUCUGCCGGUCUCAUCACCAUUGGCCAGGCUCGAGGUGACACCAUGUGCUCUUACCUUCCGCUAGCUCAUAUCUAUGCGCGUCUAGCGGAGCACACGGCCUUCUGGGGUGGUGCCCGAAUUGGUUACUUCCAUGGUAACAUCGUGGAGCUGGUUGAUGACCUGAAGCUGUUGAAGCCCACUGGCUUCAUGUCCGUUCCUCGUCUCUACAAUCGUUUCGGUACUGCAAUUCGGGCUGCUACCGUGGAGGCGCCGGGCUUCAAGGGUGCUCUUUCCAGGCACAUCGUUGCCGUUAAGACCGCCAACCUCAAAAAUCCAGAUAAAUCCAAGGCUACAUUCCGACACGCGCUGUAUGACCGAAUUUGGGCUAAGAAGGUUGCUGCAGCUCUUGGGCUGGAGCGGACUAAGUACAUGGUGUCAGGCUCGGCGCCCUUAGACCCCACGUUGCAUGACUUCCUGCGUAUCGCGACCGGUACCCCUGUCAUUCAAGGCUAUGGAUUGACCGAGUCUUAUGCUUGCAGUACUGCGCAGUCGGAUGAAGAUGUGACCUCUGGUAACUGUGGUCGUCUGGCUCCAUGCGUUGAGGCAUGUCUACUCUCUCUUCCGGACAUGGAGUACUCGGUGGAGGAUAAGCCCUUCCCUCGCGGAGAGCUGCUUUUGCGUGGCCACAGCAUGUUCAAGGAAUACUUCAAGAACCCCGAGGAAACCUCCAAGGCGGUGACUGAGGAUGGCUGGUUCCGCACUGGCGAUGUGUGCACGUUGGAUGCGAUGGGCCGCUUCGUCAUCAUUGACCGUCGCAAGAACGUGCUCAAGCUAGCUCAGGGUGAAUACAUCUCUCCUGAGCGGCUGGAGGGUCUCGUGCUUUCGGAGCUCGGUUACCUCGCUCAGGGCUACAUCCACGGCGACAGCAUGCAGACCUUCCUUGUUGGAAUUUUCGGUAUUGCACCUGACUUGUUCGCUCCGUUCGCUAGCAAGGUCCUCGGCCGAAAAAUCGAAGGCACAGAUCAGGAAGCGAUCAAGGCUGCCCUGGAAGACGACAAGAUCCGCCGUGCUGUGAUCCGGGAUCUUGAACGCGUGGCUAAGCAGCACAAGUUGGCUGGCUACGAGCGGGUCCGCAACGUUUCUCUGAAGCUGGAGCCCUUCACUGUGGAAAACAACCUGCUAACUCCCACGCUCAAAUUGAAGCGUCCUCCUGCCGUCAAGGUCUAUCGUGGACUCUUGGAUCAGCUCUAUGCUCAGGCGCUUGAGGAGCAGUCUGCACCUCGAGCCAAGCUGUAA